AACAGGAGGGAAAGGAGCGAGGCGUCGGGGGGAAAAGAUGCCGAGAUGUCCGUCGUAGUACGUGCGAGAAAUAUCUUCCCAAGUUCGAGGCGCUAUCUCAGGUUUAACUACAGCACGCUCCGGUGCGUCAUCGUAGCGGGCACAUAUUAAACGAAAAGCGACACUUCAGUAUAUAUAUCGUUUGAUACGGACGGCGCAAAGCGCUUCGUAACUGCUGCUUGCGUCACGGCCAGCUGAGUUGGAGCCACGGACCCGACGCAGAUGCUGCGCGCUACAUUCCCCGACAGCAGCAGGCGGCGAACACAGUGUGUGCAAAAGGCGAAGCGGCAUUGGCGUUAUCGUGUUCCAACGCGCAGCUCCGAACAUGUGACGUUUUGCGCGGCAUUGUGAGCGCGUUGACACGUCUGAUUUUUGCCCUGCCUUGUCGCGCCCAAGCCGUGGCCGAAGCGAGCGGAAAGGCAGCGACUUUCGGACGUCCGUACGAGACUUGAAAACCAGUGGGCUACGGAGAAUUCUCGGCGCCGGAGGGAGCAGCUAGAAAAACAAGCCGCACAGCGCGGAACUUGUUUACGCGUCCGAUUUGCCAGGGUGCGAUAACCUCCCGGCGCGGAAGAAGCGGCGAUGUCAAACCUGUACAACCCGAUCACCGCUUGCCUAAAGAAGCAGGCUGGACGAGAGGAUGCUGUCGAGGAGAAGGCGAAAGACGAUGAAAAGAAGCCAUCGACAGGCGUCAGUUCGAACGCGACUCCCAGCGGCUGGGUUCAGGGCAUAGCCUCGGGCGUGUACAACGUCGGCGCGGGAGGCGCCAAGUGGGUGGUGUCAACGACAUACAACGUUGGAGCCACCGUCUUGGGCACCGGAGCAACCGUCCUGGGUACCGGAACCCAGCUGGCCCGCAAGGUGGUCGCGCGCAAGGACAAGUCCAAGGACGAGUGAAAGAGCGCAACACGCCUGUGGAGCACGAGAACAAUCGCGCGGAGACUUUGUGUGAACAGUUUGCCAUCGUGAAGGCGCCAGCACUUGUUAUUCCGUUUAUACCUCGCGAUGCUAAUUUGUCAUUACGUGAGCAACACAUCUGCCAGCAUGCAUCCCGACACGACAUGCUCCCAGAAGUGGAGGCACGAAGCGGGCACAGAUGGGUGAAUCAAGUUGGCAUUUGCGUCGUGUGCAGGUCAUAAUGAAAGCGCAUGCCUGCAUUUCCCAGCAUUUUCAGCAGGGGGUAUUGCCUUGUGCUGGCACAUUUACGGUCGCUAUUAAAGCAAUUAACUUGCCGCAAGCUAGGUGUGCUGUGAACCUGGACUUGCAUUUUUUUAAAGGUUGAGGAAUAUUAGCCGCAAGAAGGUUUUUUUUUUUAAAAAUGUUUUACUCUCGCAGCCAUUUCAAUAUUUGAUACACCUGUCUGGAAGCCCGCACUGACCAUUGUGUGCCUUACAAAAAAAAAUUUGGCAAUGUUGUUGCAAGCUACGGCCCAAUCUUUGCUAGCACAGAUGAAAGUCCUAUACAAUUUACACGGGCAUGCUUUAACACCAGUUCCAUAGAUUUUUGUCCCAAUACACGUUGUUCCGCUUGCGGAGCUGAGCACCUGUCUCCAGCUUGCACGUUGCAUAGGUCUGCUUGUAAUUUGCCAUGUUCUUGGAAUUUUCUUUUAUUUUGCUGUGGCAGAUGUGUAAUUGUUUCAGUCCAUAUUGCACAGUGGUCUUCGUUUACGAAACUAACUGGUUUGCUUUUGACAAAUGUUGUAGCCAUGUAAAAGAAGUGUUUAAAAAGGCUGCUAUUUGAAUCUUUUUCUAGGCUCACUGCUGGUUCAGAUAGGACUCAUUCACAGUAUCGCAGAAGGCAUUCUUAAUAGCUGUGUCACUUAUAACUAGUCUUGCCCGUGCAUUGAAGGAACAAUUUCGCUGCAUUCCGUAGGUCUGUCUGAUUGCUAAACUGCUCAAUUGCUUUUAUCCUAACCUCAGGGCAUGCACUUGUCAACAAACAAGUUGUCAUUGGGCUACAUGAGCAACACAAAAAGGGCUUUAACGAUGCGCCUUCCAUUAAGACACGAGAUUUCAAUGCAGUUUUAUCGCAUGAUAGGAGCAAAGCGCAUAUUUUCCUGUCUCUUUACAAGCUUUAAUCAGCAUUGCCAACUGGUGUCAAACAUUUUUACGGGGCAUUCACAUUUUGCAAACAUUUGCCUGCCACACUCCUGUGUUCAAAUGCACCACUAGUCAGAACUGCGACUAGAGGUGGUGACCUCUAGCCACUAUUAUGACCUCUGGUCACCAUGAUGGUGGCCCGGAUGUAAGACUGUGCUUGAGAGCUCAAGCACUUGCAGCUAAACAAGUGUUGUGAACAAGCAAACACAAGUUAAAACCUAAACACUAAUGAAUGCCAGAAAGCUGCAAGCUUUUGUGAAUCCCUUGAGCACGACCUUGUAUUUCAAUCUCUUCAAGUGUCUUACCUGCACGCUCAUUCCACGCAUGCAUUUGUUUGUCGGCAUGCGAAUACUCAUCGGCAUUGGGACAGACAGGCGGGAAACCAGUCCAAUAUGCAUUUAAUGUCCUCAAAACAUUUCCACAAAUUUUGUCAUCUUCUUUUCGCUCAAAUAGUGCGCCAGAUGUUCAUCGAAAUGGGGUACAAAUAAAAUCUUUCAGUGCCGACAAAAAGAAAAAGUGGGUAUGAAAGGCAAUCUGAAUGAAUCACACUGGUCUGAAAACUGUGAGCUUUUCUUCCAAAUAUGGACAUAUAUUACAUUACAGAGGUUCCAGCAAAAAAAUAAAAAUGUAGCGUGCCACUCAAAUCAUUUGGCAGCUGCUGCUAUGGUGCUUUUGUGAAUGCUUUGGUCAUAAUGUACACUAUUUACAAUGGCUCUACAUAAAUAAAGCUGUGGUUGGCUGUACA